CCUAGUCGCAACCCACGCAAGUCACGUUGGCCGACGGUCACAUGCACAAGUCAAUCGACCGGUGCAUUGAUGCCGUCCCCGUGUACUUUGCCCCGCAUGCAACCGAGGCCGUGUCCUUCGAUAUUUUGGACACCAAGUUCGACAUGAUCUUGGGCAUGUCAUGGCUGCGAAGCGAGGAUCACCCGGUGAACUUCUACCAACGCACCGUUCACGUUCGUGAUUGGAACGGAGUACUAGUCCCAUGCACGGUGCCUCCUCCUCACCCUUCGAUCAGCUGCCACGUGGUGUCCGCCGCAAGCAUUCGAGCUUCCAUCAUCCGGGAUGACAUGGAGGAGAUGGGGGUGUGUUUUCUCCACACCCUCCCGCCCCAAGACAUUCCAUCGACGGACUCACCACCGGACCCACGCAUCACCGAGCUUCUCGAUGCCUACGGCGACCUGUUCGAAACCCCGCACGGAGUAGUACCGGAUCGGCCCAUCCGCCACGAGAUCAUCCUCGAGGAUGGGGCCGUACAUCCGCGUGGUUGCAUCUACCGCAUGAGCGAGGAAGAUUUAAGUGUGCUAAGGGCACAACUCGACGACCUUCUCGAGAAAGGCUGGAUUCGGCCUAGCUCUUUGCCAUACGGUGCUCCUGUUCUCUUCGUCCGGAAGAAGAACAAGGAGCUGCAGUUGUGCAUCGAUUAUCGCAAGCUCAACGCGCAAACCGUCAAGAACGUCGGCCCUCUUCCACGCAUUCACGACCUCCUCGAACGACUGGGCGGCGCCAAGUUCUUCUCCAAGCUUGACCUCAAAUCGAGAUAUCACCAACUCGAGAUCCGACAGGAGGACCGCUACAAGACCGCGUUUAAGACGCGAUAUGGGCAUUUCAAAUGGCUGGUUAUGCCUUUUGGCCUUACAAAUGCCCCGGCCACAUUCCAAGCGGCUAUGACAACGGAGUUCCGACACAUGUUGGAUAGAUUCGUACUCAUCUACCUCGACGACAUCUUGGUGUACAGCCAGAGUUUGGACGAGCAUGUGGAGCACCUGCGCACCGUUUUGGAGCGGCUACGACAAGCCAUGUACAAAGCCAACCGCGACAAAUGCAAAUUCGCGCGGCAAGAGCUGGAGUACUUGGGACAUUAUGUGACGCCGCAAGGCAUCCGUCCACUUGCGGACAAGAUCGAGGCCAUCCGCGUAUGGCCCGAGCCCACCAACACCACGGACGUUCGUUCAUUCAUGGGGUUGGCAAACUACUAUCAACGCUUCAUCACCGGGUACUCAAGGAUUGCUGCACCUAUGACGAGAUUACAAUCGCCAAAGGUGCCAUUCGUAUUCGAUGACGACGCACGCCGAUCAUUCCAAGCACUCAAGAUGGCCAUGCUCAUGGCACCCGUCCUUAGCAUCUAUGACCCCACCCUGCCAACGAGAGUGACAACCAAUGCUUCCGGCUAUGGCAUUGGGGCGGUCUUGGAACAACAUGACGGCGACGAUUGGCACCCUGUGGAGUAUUUCAGCCACAAAGUGCCUCCCAUCAAUUCACUUGAUGAUGCAAGGAAGAAGGAGUUGCUCGCGUUCGUGAUGGCUCUCAAGCGAUGGCGGCACUUCCUCCUUGGGCGUCGUAGGUUCACAUGGGUCACGAACAACAACCCAUUGACCUACUACAAGACGCAGGAUACGGUGAGCAUCACGAUCGGACGAUGGCUGUACUUCAUCGACCAAUUUGACUUCACACCAAAACAUCUCCCCGGCCUCUCCAAUCGCGCAGCAGAUGCACUCUCGGAAAGACCCGAUCUUUGCGCUAUGACACAUCAUGCCUUCGCAUUUGACGAGGAACUCCAGCGACACUUCAUCCGGGGCUAUGAGUCCGAUCCGGAUUUCGCCACGUUGUACGAGCAGCUAUCUUCGGAUCACCCGCCGGCCAGCCAUUAUCGCAUCGUCGACGGGUACUUGCUCCUUCACUCGAGAGGCAAGGACUUAUUGUGUGUCCCACAUGACCGUCGUCUUCGGACUCGCCUUCUCGUUGAGUACCAUGACUCGCGACUCGCCGACCAUUUUGGAGUCAAUUGCACUAUUGCACGACUUCGGCAACGAUUCCGAUGGCCUGACCUCAUUACCGAUGUCACUCGGUAUUGCGACUUUUGCGAAGUUUGCCGACGAAGCAAGCCCCGCAACUGCAAUCCCUACGGCGAGUUGCGCCCGAUGCCUAUCCCACAGGAACCCGGCCUCUCCAUUGCCAUGGACGUCACGGGUCCGUUUCCCCGCGACCGGCUCGGGCACGACGACAUCCUCACGGUCGUUGACCGUUUGAGUAAGUAUGCGCGAUUUCUUCCUUGCAAGUACUACGCCACGGCUCCCGAACUUGCGUGCCUCCUACACACCAACUGGAUUUGCAGCCAUGGCGUGCCGGAAGACAUCGUCAGCGACUGCGACACUCGCUUCAUGUCGGCAUUUUGGACUUCUCUCAUGCAGGAAUCCGGCAUGAAGAUGAAACCAAGUUCGUCUCAGCAUCCACAAACGGACGGGCAAACAGAGCGGGCACAUCAAACCGCUCAAAUGAUGCUUCGUACACUCAUCCGUCCGGAUCAGAAGGAUUGGGUUGACCGCCUCCCCGACAUCGAGUUCGCCUACAACACUUCGUUGCAUCCGGCGAUCGGCGUAACUCCAUUCGAGUUGCACCACGGUGGCCGGAAGGGCCGUAUCUUCACUGAUCUUCUCCUCCCACGAACAGCCGACAUAGACGCUGCUUGCUCCCCCGCUUCCGUUCGGAAGUACAGGGAAUUGAUGUCUCAAGCCCGCGCGAACAUGCAAAAGGCUCAAGUCCGCAUGCAGCAGCAAGCCAACAGGCAUCGCGUGCCAUGUCCCAUCCGCGCCGGUGAUCUGGUGUGGGUCUCCGUGGAAGAGUUUGCACUCGAACAGGAUGUUUCACGCAAACUGCUUCCCAAGUGGUUUGGACCAUGGCCCGUGACAUCAGCCGCGGGCGAUGAGCCCGAUGGCCCCUCAUUUGUGAUCAACAUUCCCCCGCAUCUGAUGGUCCAUCCAGUCUUUCACGCCUCGAAGCUGGCAACAUAUACACCAGCCAAGAGCGACGACUUCCCGGGCCGAAGAUCGCAAGAUCCUCCAUCUAUGGACGGUCAUCAGGAGGUUGACCGCGUCAUCACGGAUCGCAAGUACGGCAGCAAGCCUCGACAGUACAAAGUUACAUUCAAAGCAUGCGAUCCGACGACACUCGGUGGAUUUCAGGAACAGAUUUGAAAGCAUCCGCACCGCUGAUCUACGCUCACUACGAGCGAC